CACAGGUGAUUCCUGCCACAGGAUUACUGUUUUAAAUUCUUCUGGAAUCUUCCCCCAGGAUGGAUCACACACUGAUCUUUCUUUGGGUGCUGCUAUUUUCAGCCACAGCAGCAUCUACAGAAUCUGGAGUAACUCCCAUGCCAAGUGAACUUUCAGCAACAACUGAAGCUGGAUGUGGCGGGAUGUUUUCAGACGUCCACGGCUCAUUUUUUGGCCCAUAUUAUCUUGGAGGAAAUAGAAAUAAAAAGUGUAUCUGGACAAUUUACUCCCCUGAGCAUUAUCCAAUAAGACUAACGCUUAAUUACAUAAACUUAGAUUGUGCUACUGAACAUAUUGCUGUCUAUAAUGGAGAACCAUAUAGGUCAACUCUACUUAGGAAAAUAUGUGAAGGAGAAGCAACACUAUACUCUUAUUCGGGCAUAAUGACCUUGGUAGUAUACAGACAUUCUGAUACAAUAGGUCAAGGCUUCGUUGCAUUUUAUGAUGUAGGAGUGGCUUUCACAACUCCAUUGCCAACAGUUGAACUCACAACUCAUCCUGAAGAAACAAGUGCUCCACCUACUCCAGCUCAACCUGAUAUUAAAACAAUUAGACCAAGCGUGACCUCUACUCCACCUACUCCAGCUCAACCAACUACCAAAACAACCACACCAGAAGUGGUCCCUGCUAAAUCCAUAAGACUGGUCAAUGGAGAAAACAGCUGUGAGGGACGUGUUGAAAUCUUGCACAAUAGAUUGUGGGGCACCAUCUGUGAUGAUUCCUGGGACUUAAAGGACGCAAAGGUCGUGUGCAGACAGCUCAAUUGUGGCAGCGCCGUCACAGCACACGGAAGCGCUUUCUUUGGUCAAGGCUCAGGAAACAUAACUCUGGAUGAUGUAAAUUGUAGAGGGAAUGAGGAUAGAUUGGAGGAAUGUUCUCAUGGAGGAUGGUAUCGUCAUAACUGCAACCACGGAGAAGAUGCUGGUGUCAAGUGCUCAGGACAUACUACAGCUAUUCCAGAACCAGAAAUACCAGCUAAUGAAUCUGUAAGACUGGUCAAUGGUAAAAAGAGCUGUGAGGGACGUGUUGAAGUCUCACGCAAUGGAUUCUGGGGGACCGUCUGUGAUGAUUCCUGGGAUCUAAAGGAUGCAACAGUCGUGUGCAAGCAGCUUGGUUGUGGGCGCGCUAUCAGAGCAUAUGGAAGAGCUUACUUUGGUCAGGGCUCAGGAAAUAUAACUAUGGAUGAUGUAAAUUGUAGAGGGACUGAGAACAGAUUGGAGGAAUGUACUCAUAAAGGAUGGUAUCGCCAUAAUUGCAACCAUGGAGAAGAUGCUGGUGUCAUGUGCUCAGGUUAUUCUACACCUGCUCCUCUGGUUAUAACGACAACCCCUGCAAAUCAAUGUGGAGGCCAGUUCACAGAUGCUUAUGGAUCCUUCUCUGGACCUUAUUAUUCUGGAAGCCACACCAAUGAGACCUGUGUCUGGAUAAUUCACGUGAGGCCCCUUGAACGCAUCAAUUUUAAGUUCAAGUCUAUAAACCUGGACUGUGAUAAAGAAUAUAUUGAGAUUUAUGAUGGACUCCGAUAUAGUUCAUCUCCAAUUGGAAGAACUUGUUCUGCCGCCUAUCUCAACUAUACCUUUUCAUCAACUUCCAACAUAAUGACAAUAGUUUUGCAUAGAGAUUCAGAUUAUUCAGGAAAUGGAUUCUUUGGUCAUUACUACUCUGUUCCAGCAGAAUCGACACUUACUACACCAACUACUGCUCCUAAAGCUACGAGGCUUUUGUGUUCUGAUGGACAAAUGAGUGCAUGGAUCAGCAUACCUUUUCUCCAUUCAGUCGGUUAUAAUGCAUCACAAGUUUACCUGAACUCUCCAGAUAGAGCAUGUUCAGCUCAAAUCAGAGGCGAUUAUGUUUACUUUAAUAUACCAUUCUAUGGUUGUAACACAGAGAUAAGGACAAAGAAUAAUGACACAAUAAUUUAUUACAAUGUAAUCAAGACAAUCAACUCCGAUUAUAUUAUUACAAGAAAGAAAAACUUCCAAUUUCAUGUUUUGUGUGAAAUGAAGCAGAACACUAUUGUGGAGACGAUGUUUAUUGCUCACAAUGCGAUUGACCUGACUGAAAGGAAAAUUGGCCAUUACAAUGUUUCUCUGGCAUUCUAUUCCUCACUAUCAUUCAGCCAUAGAAUUGUGGGAUCACCAUACUACGUUUCACUCAACCAGAAUUUAUAUCUCCAAGCUACUCUGCACAGUUCUGAUCCAAAUGUUAUACUCUUCCUAGACACAUGUGUCGCAUCUCCAGAUAGUAAUGAUUUUAGAACCUUGACCUAUGACUUAAUCCGAAGUGGAUGCCCACGAGACUCUACUUACAGAAGCCUGUUCUCACCAAGAAACAAUAUAGUUCGUUUCAAAUUCAACUCCUUUAAGUUCCUUAACGAGCACAAUUCAGUUUACCUACAAUGUAAAUUAGUAGUGUGUAGACUAGAUGAUCAUUCAUCUCGAUGCUACCAGGGAUGUUUAAUGAGAAAGAAGAGAGGCGUGGAUGAAGCUCAGGAGAAGAUUAAUGUUGUUGUGGGACCACUCAAACUUCUGAAAGAUAAGAAUCAAAUCCAAAAAUGGGCACAGGAUCUACGCUUAGUAAAUGGAAGCAACAGAUGUGCCGGAAGACUAGAGGUUUAUUAUAAAGGAAUUUGGGGAACUGUUUGCGAUGACUACUUUAAUCCAACCAAUGCACAAAUAGUGUGUAGACAACUUGCAUGUGGAAAUGCAACUAAGGUGUUAGGGUGGGCAUACUUUGGCCAAGGAUCAGAGCCCAUCAGUCUGGAUGAUGUAACAUGCACAGGAAGUGAACCCACUAUCUGGGAUUGUGCUCACGCCGGGUGGUUCAAUCAUGACUGUGGACACAAUGAGGAUGUCGGUGUUAUUUGCUCAGGCAAUACAGAAAUGCCAACCCCAACUCCAUUUUUUACAUCUGAAGAUACCACAUAUUUCCUAACUGAAAAAACCACCCUCCCAGCAACUGAGAAAGAAAUAACACCUACUAUGAGAACAUUAGAUUCCACAUAUUUAGCAACUGAAAAAACCACCCAUCCAGCAACUGAGAAAAAAAUAACACCUACUAUGAGAACAUUAGAAAUGUCAAAUGGAACCACAACAUCAUCUAAGACUACCCAUUCAAUAACUCAGAAGGAAGAAACAGUGACGCCAGGCUUGGCAGCCACUUCUCAAGGCAUUGUAGAAGACUUGAAGACAUCUGCUCCCACCUCCAUAACGGGUCCUGCUGUCAGCACAGCACCCCCUGGUCCUGCUGUCACCACACCACUCCCUGAACUUUCUACAAUAUCCACACAUCUGACUACGCAGGGAAUAAGAGAAAAAUCUCUGAGACUGGUGAAUGGAGAAGACAAAUGUCGUGGUCGCAUUGAGGUCUACUACAAUGGAAGCUGGGGAACAAUUUGUGAUGAUGGCUGGGACAAGAAUGAUGCGCAUGUUGUGUGUAGGCAGCUUGCCUGUGGAGAAGCCAUUGAAGCCCUACCUAAUGCUGCAUUUGGGGAAGGAACUGGCAGCAUCUUCCUGGAUCAAGUCCAGUGCAAAGGGAACGAAUCCUCUCUUGAAGAAUGCGCUCAUAAAGCUUGGGGCGUUCAUAACUGUCGUCACAAGGAAGAUGCUGGGGUCAUUUGCUCAGGUCCUGCUGUCAGCACAGCACCCCCUGGUCCUGCUGUCACCACACCAUUUCCUGGUCCUACUGUCACAACAACACCACCUGAUCUUUCUACACCCUCCACAGUUCUGACUACACAACAAAUAAGAGAAAAAUCUCUGAGACUGGUGAAUGGAGAAGACAAAUGUCGUGGUCGCGUUGAGGUUUUUUUCAGUGGAAGCUGGGGAACAAUUUGUGACGAUGGCUGGGACAUGAAUGACGCACAAGUUGUGUGUAGACAGCUUGCCUGUGGAGAGGCCAUCCAAGCCGUACCUAAUGCUGCAUUUGGGGAAGGAACUGGCAGCAUCUUCCUGGAUCAGGUCCAGUGCAAAGGGAACGAAUCCUCUCUUGAAGAAUGCGCUCAUAAAGCUUGGGGCGUUCAUAACUGUCGUCACAAGGAAGAUGCUGGGGUCAUUUGCUCAGGUCCUGCUGUCAGCACAGCACCCCCUGGUCCUGCUGUCACCACACCACUUCCUGGUCCUACUGUCACAACAACACCACCUGAUCUUUCUACACCCUCCACAGUUCUGACUACACAACAAAUAAGAGAAAAAUCUCUGAGACUGGUGAAUGGAGAAGACAAAUGUCGUGGUCGCAUUGAGGUUUUUUUCAGUGGAAGCUGGGGAACAAUUUGUGACGAUGGCUGGGACAUGAAUGACGCACAAGUUGUGUGUAGACAGCUUGCCUGUGGAGAGGCCAUCCAAGCCGUACCUAAUGCUGCAUUUGGGGAAGGAACUGGCAGCAUCUUCCUGGAUCAGGUCCAGUGCAAAGGGAACGAAUCCUCUCUUGAAGAAUGCGCUCAUAAAGCUUGGGGCGUUCAUAACUGUCGUCACAAGGAAGAUGCUGGGGUCAUUUGCUCAGGUCCUGCUGUCAGCACAGCACCCCCUGGUCCUGCUGUCACCACACCACUUCCUGAACUUUCUACAAUCUCCACACAUCUGACUACGCAGGGAAUAAGAGAAAAAUCUCUGAGACUGGUGAAUGGAGAAGACAAAUGUCGUGGUCGCAUUGAGGUCUACUACAAUGGAAGCUGGGGAACAAUUUGUGAUGAUGGCUGGGACAAGAAUGAUGCGCAUGUUGUGUGUAGGCAGCUUGCCUGUGGAGAAGCCAUUGAAGCCCUACCUAAUGCUGCAUUUGGGGAAGGAACUGGCAGCAUCUUCCUGGAUCAAGUCCAGUGCAAAGGGAACGAAUCCUCUCUUGAAGAAUGCGCUCAUAAAGCUUGGGGCGUUCAUAACUGUCGUCACAAGGAAGAUGCUGGGGUCAUUUGCUCAGGUCCUGCUGUCAGCACAGCACCCCCUGGUCCUGCUGUCACCACACCACUUCCUGGUUCUACUGUCACAACAACACCACCACCUGAUCUUUCUACACCCUCCACAGUUCUGACUACACAACAAAUAAGAGAAAAAUCUCUGAGACUGGUGAAUGGAGAAGACAAAUGUCAUGGUCGCAUUGAGGUCUACUACAAUGGAAGCUGGGGAACAAUUUGUGACGAUGGCUGGGACAUGAAUGAUGCUCAUGUUGUGUGUAGGCAGCUUGCCUGUGGAGAGGCCAUCCAAGCCGUACCUAAUGCUGCAUUUGGGGAAGGAACUGGCAGCAUCUUCCUGGAUCAGGUCCAGUGCAAAGGGAAUGAAUCCUCUCUUGAAGAAUGCGCUCAUAAACCUUGGAGCGUUCAUAACUGUCACCACAAGGAAGAUGCUGGGGUCAUUUGCUCAGGUCCUGCUGUCACCACACCACCACCAGAACUUUCUACAACUUCCGCAGAGCUGACUACGCAGGAAAGAAGAGAACUUUCUACAACUUCUGCAGAGCUGACUACGCAGGAAAGAAGAGAAAGUGCACUGGUAACAACAACAAGCUCAUUGACUGUAAGGUUGAUGAAUGGAAAAAGCAGAUGCCAGGGUCGUCUUGAAAUCUUCUACAAUGGGGACUGGGGAACAGUCUGUGAUGACGGUUGGGACUUACAAGAUGCAAAGGUUGUUUGCAGACAACUUGCCUGUGGAGAAGUUGUGGAGGCCACCAGUGAAGCCUAUUUUGGGCAAGGCACUGGCAACAUCCUCCUAGAAAAUGUUCAGUGCAAAGGGAAUGAAUCGUCUAUAGAAGAGUGCUCCAAUCCAGGCUGGGAAACUCAUCGGUGUGGCCACAAGGAAGACGCUGGGGUCAUUUGCUCAGAAACAGUUUCCCUUACAACAAAGAAUCCCAUUAUACCUACUCCCACAAAAAAUACAUCAGAAGUCCCAGAAAAAUCUCUGAGACUGGUGAAUGGAGAAGACAAAUGUCGUGGUCGAAUUGAGGUCUUUUACAACGGAAGCUGGGGAACAAUUUGUGACGAUGGCUGGGACAUGAAUGACGCACAAGUUGUGUGUAGGCAGCUUGCCUGUGGAGAGGCCAUCCAAGCCGUACCUAAUGCUGCAUUUGGGGAAGGAACUGGCAGCAUCUUCCUGGAUGAGCUGAAGUGCAAAGGGAACGAAUCCUCUCUUGAAGGAUGCGCUCAUAAACCUUGGGGUGUUCAUAACUGUCACCACAAAGAAGAUGCUGGGGUCAUUUGCUCAGGUGCUGCUGUCACCACACCACCAUCUAUAGAACUUUCUACACUCUCCGCAGAGCUGACUACGCAGGAAAGAAGAGAAAAAUCUCUGAGACUGGUGAAUGGAGAAGACAAAUGUCGUGGUCGCAUUGAGGUCUUUUACAAUGGAAGCUGGGGAACAAUUUGUGACGAUGGCUGGGACAUGAAUGACGCACAAGUUGUGUGUAGACAGCUUGCCUGUGGAGAGGCCAUCCAAGCCCUACCUAAGGCUGAGUUUGGAGAAGGAACUGGCAGCAUCUUCCUGGAUGAGCUGAAGUGCAAAGGGAACGAAUCCUCUCUUGAAGAAUGCGCUCAUAAACCUUGGGGCGUUCAUAACUGUCAUCACAAGGAAGAUGCUGGGGUCAUUUGCUCAGGUCCUGUCACCACAUCAGCACCUAAAAGUGCACUGGUAACAACAACAAGCUCAUUGACUGUAAGAUUGAUGAAUGGAAAAAACAGAUGCCAGGGUCGACUUGAAAUCUUCUACAAUGGGGACUGGGGAACAGUCUGUGAUGACGGUUGGGACUUACAAGAUGCAAAGGUUGUUUGCAGACAACUUGCCUGUGGAGAAGUUAUGGAGGCCACCAGUGAAGCCUAUUUUGGGCAAGGCACUGGCAACAUCCUCCUAGAAAAUGUUCAGUGCAAAGGGAAUGAAUCGUCUAUAGAAGAGUGCUCCAAUCCAGACUGGGAAACUCAUCGGUGUGGCCACAAGGAAGACGCUGGGGUCAUUUGCUCAGAAACAGUUUUCCUUACAACAAAGAAUCCCAUUAUACCUAUUUGGGCACUAACCACUCAGCAUCCAACUACUAGACCUGUACUUGCAGCAAGUACACCACACCCAAUUAUUCCUGCAUCAAAAUCUAUAACUCUUCCUAUCACUCAGAAGCACACUCCAUCUGGCAAAUGUCUCUAUGGCUGCAAAUUCACAGGUCCUUCAGGUUCAUUUACAAGUCCAUUCUAUCCUUCAAACUACCCAAAGAAUUCUUACUGUGUUUGGGACAUAGAGGUGGAGGAAAGACGUCAUGUAGAACUAAGAUUUGAAGUUUUCAGACUGGAAAUUACCAGGUUCUGCACCCUUGAUUUUGUUGAGAUCUUUGAUGGCCCUUUCUCAACAUCACCUUCAUUUGGAAAAAUUUGUUGGAGUCCGCGAAAGAGAUACCUAUCUUCGUCAAACAAAAUGAGAAUUGUAUUUAUGAGUGAUUCUAGCGUGAGUGAAAAAGGCUUCCUUGCACACUAUCGAGAAGUCCCUCCAAGGAAAACUGUAAUUCCAACCUUACCACCACCACCACCACCAACGACCACAGUGGCCACGAUAGCCACUCUUCCAGAUGAUACCACAGAUUUUGUAACACUUUCUUGCUAUACGGAAUACAUGAAGGCAGUUAUUGGGAGACAAUAUCUCAUUUCAAAGGGCUGCCUUGACUGUAAUUUGUACAUAAGUGAUGCUACCUGUACACCUGACAUUUCAGAAGAUAAGUUUACAUUCUAUAUACCAUAUGAUGGUUGUGGAACCAAACGGGAAAAUAAUGGGAAGAUAAGCACUUUCACCAAUAUUGUGAGCAGCUCUGGGAAUGGCGUAAAUCCUCAGUUUCAAUUCACCUGCAAAAUGGAGCCCAGCAGAAAUAUGGAAGUCACCCACAACAUUGAUGAAUUUGAAUGCCCAAAUCAAGGGCCAAAAUUUCAUAUGGAGUUUUUAUUUUAUGAGUCACCUUUCUUUACACAGCCAAUAAAUAACAUGGGUUACUUUAUGAACCUGAACCAGAAUGCAUUUAUCCAAGCCACGCUCCACAGCUUUAAUAGAAAUCAAAUAUUAUUCAUGGACUCUUGUGUGGCAUCCCCAAACCGUUACGACUUCAAAACUGAAACUUAUAUCAUGAUAAAUAAAGGAUGCAAAAUGGAUAGUACAUACCAACUUUUUUCUUCAAGGAACAGGAGAAGCAUCAGCUUUAGAUUUAAAUCCUUCACAUUGCGCAACAGCUAUUCCACAGUUUAUAUUCGUUGCAAAAUACUAGUGUGUAAAGCACUGGAUUAUUCCUCUCGUUGCUACCAAGGCUGCUAUAAAAGCAACAGAAUAACAUGGAAAUAAUUUUUCUGGGCUAUUUAUGCUUAUCAAAUGAAUAGCAGCGUGAAUGUAAUCAAAUGUAUGAUCUUUUCUUAUGAUGCAAAUCUUUCUCAAUAAUGACAAUUUUUCACAUGAUUACAUUGCAGAAUUGAACUAUUCAGUGUUUAAAUGUUUUCACUGUUGUGCUUUUAUCUAUCUUCUCCUUCCUGUCAUCUGGUACACUUUGAUUUGAUGUGGGAAGAUGUACAACUCUUUUGACUUAAUUCAUCAUACGGUACUUAAUUAGUUUAACAACCUAGCAAAAUAAAUAAAGAUAGCUGGAAACAU